AUGUACCUCACACUGUACCACCUUGUCACCCGCCUCCCUGACUCCCUUCGCACUGUCAGGGACCAGUUUCUCGCUCUCUCCCCCACUGACCUCACUGUCGACCUCCUCGAGAAGGAACUCCUAGCAGCUGAGAAGAGUAUUGUAGCUGUAGUGGGAGGCGCAAGAGCGGCAAGGGCAAGGGGGGCAAGGGUGGUGGAGGUGGAGGUGGGGGCGGCGGCGGUGGAGGGGGUGGGGGGGGCGGGGGUGGUGGCGGAAGUGGGAGUGGCGCGGGUGGUGGGGGGGUCAGUGGCGGCGCAGGGGGUGGUGGCGGUGGCGGCGGUGGUGGGGGUGGGGGUGGUGGAGGAGGUGGUGGCGGUAGUGGCGGUGGUGGAGCGGGUGGCGGGCGCGGUGGAGCGGUGCAGCGUGGGGGGUUCGGAGGUGGCCAGAGGCAGCCGCAGCAGCGUCCUGGCGAGACUCCCUCGCCCCAGCAGCUUCGUGAGUGGUACUCUCAGCGUGGGGGGUCUGGGGGUGGGGGCAUUUUCUCGUACGUCAUCCGCACAGGUGAUCGCGCUGGCCAGACUUGUGGGAGGUUCCACCCGACACAGCGCUGCUUCUCUCGCCUCGAUGACGCCUGGCGCGAGCAGUUCCCUGACGCCUCGCUGGGCUGAUCUGCUUAGGAAGGGAAUUGAUAUCUUUGCUCUUGAUUAUGAUGCUAUCCUUGCUGCCAUGUAUGCAUUGACUAUUAGUGCUGAGGGUGACUGUUACCUGAGUGUGCCGCCUGACCCAGGUAUUGGUACUGGUAUGGCUGCUGCGCUAGGUGCUAGUGCGUCUGCGUCUGCUGGUACUGAGUCUGCUACAGCACUGCACACCUUCACCCUGGACUCAGGUGCUUCUCGCUGUUUCUUUCGUGACCGCACAGUCCUUGAGCCACUCGCUCGGCCUGUUGCUGUCUCCCUUGCUGACCCCUCUGGGGGCCCGGUCCUUGCGACCUCCUCCACUGUCCUCCCGUGUCCUGCGGUCCCGUCUGGCACUUUGUCUGGUCUUUACCUCCCCUCGCUCUCUACGAACUUGGUGGCGGGCUCUGCUCUCCAGGACGGGGGUGUUCACCAGUUCACCCCUGCCUAUGAGCGAGUGACCCACUGUACGUGUGCUCGGACGGGUCGCCACCUGGCUACCUUCACUCGGCAGCCAGGGUCGGACCUGUACACACUGACCACUGAGUCCCCUCAGGUAGCUGCAUCUGCGUCAGGUCAGCUGUCGGCUCCCUGCUCGUGUCGCUCCCUGUCGCACCAGACCGUCCUCUGGCACCACCGCCUUGGUCACCCCUCCGUGCAGCGCCUUCGUGGCAUGCACUCCCGUUACCUUGUCUCUGGUCUUCCCAGAGUUCUCCCUCCCCUCCCACCCUCGCCUGCUCCUCCCUGUCUUCCCUGUGUCGAGGGGCGGCAGCGCGCCACCCCUCACUCCUCCUCGUUCCCUCCCACAGAGGCUCCUUUGCAGACUCUUCACCUGGACGUGUGGGGCCCAGCCCGCGUCCGGGGACAGGGCCACGAGCGGUACUUCCUGCUGGUCGUCGACGACUACACGCGCUACACCACGGUCUUCCCCUUGCGCACCAAGGGUGAGGUCCCUGAUGUUUUGAUCCCCUGGAUCCGCGCUACUCGUCUCCAGCUCCGCCAGCGGUUCCAGUCGGACUUUCCCGUCCUGCGUCUGCACUCUGACAGGGGUGGUGAGUUUUCCUCCGCCCUCCUGGCUGCCUACUGUGCGGAGCACGGCAUCCGCCAGACUUUCACUCUUCCGGACUCCCCACAGCAGAAUGGGGUUGCUGAGCGUCGCAUUGGUUUAGUCAUGGAGGUCGCUCGUACCUCCAUGAUCCAUGCGGCUGCCCCCCAUUUCCUGUGGCCGUUUGCAGUGCGGUACGCUGCGCAUCAGCUCAACCUUUGGCCCCGUGUCUCUUCUCCAGAGACCUCGCCCACACUGUGUUGGACGGGGGAGGUUGGCGAUGCGUCGGUGUUCCGUGUCUGGGGAUGUCGAGCCCUUGUUCGCGAUACGUCCGCGGACAAGCUCUCCUCCCGUGCCGUUCCCUGCGUCUUCCUUGGCUUUGUCCCUGACGCGCCUGGCUGGCAGUUUUACCACCCCACCUCGCACCGUGUCUUUGCCUCUCAGGACGUCACCUUUGACGAGUCGGUACCCUUUUACCGUCUCUUCCCCUACCGCACUGCCCCCCUCCCUCCCCCGCCGCUUUUCCUCGCUCCAGGUCCCCCUCCGCUAGACCCCCUUCCCCCUCAGGGUCCUGCUCCUUCAGGUGUCUCUCAGGUAGACCCUCCUCCCGUCGCUGAGCCUGUUGAGGUCACAGGUGACUCAGGUGCUGCUGCGGGUGGUACUGCUGGGGGUGCUGAGCCUGGGGGUGCUGGCACUGGGGGUGCUGAGCCUGCGAGUGCGGAGCCUGGGGGUGCUGAGCCUGGGGGUGCUGAGCCUUGGGGUGCUGAGCCUGGGGGUGCGGAGACUGGGGGUGCUGAGCCUGGGGGUCCUGGGGCUGGGAGUGCUGAGCCUGGGGACGCUGAGCCUGGGGGUGCUGAGCUUGGAGGUUCUGGAGCUGCUGGUGCUACCACUGGAGCUGGAGGUUCUGGAGCUGCUACGGGUGAAGCGCUGCGGGUUCUGCUACGGGGUGCCCACGUCGCUGGUCCCGGAGGUGCUCGUACCGCUGGUACUCGAGCUGCUGGGGCUGGUGGUGCUGUGUCUGAGGGUCCUCCUCUUGGGGACGUUGCAGCUGGGGAUGCUGGUUCUGGAGGCGCUGCGGCUGGUGGAGACGGUCCUGGAGGAGUUGCUGCUGGGGGUGGUGGAGCUACUGGAGGUGCGGGAGCUGCUGUGAGUACUGGAGCUGCUGGUGCUGGUGGCACUACACCGACGCGCCUGUUCUUCGCUCCGCCACCUUCGUCGUCUCUGCCACCUCCAGACUCUGUCCUUCACCAGGUUCUUAGUCUUCCGUCUUCUACCGGUCUUCCCCUCCUGCCUGACUCACCGCUUCCUGCUCCUUCUCCUUACACUGAGCAGUCAGGAGGUCUUACUGAGCGUCGUGAGCCUGCGUCGCGUCUUGUCUCGCCAGUUCACUCUGGUCGCACCGUUCGCCGUGGUCCGCCUUCGAGGUCGCGGACUGUUCCCCGCACGCGCCUUGUCGUUCGUCGUUCUUCCUCUGUUCCACAGUCUGUUCCUCUGCCGUCCCCUCCUGCGUCGUCUUUGCCUCACGUUCCGGACCCUGAGUCUGACCGGUUUCGUGCUGAGCACCCUACAGUCACGCGUCUGCUAGCCCCUGUUGUCACUGACCCCUCGUUUGAGUCUUCUGCUGCGUCUGCCUUGGUCGCUGAGCUUGUUGACUUUGCUGCUGCCUGUCGUCUAGACUACGCUGCCAGUCUUGUUGCUGAGUCUGAGUCUGUCUGUCCUCCGUCCGUCGGGGGUGAGUGUGCUCUUGGCACGGACGUCCUUGAGGACAGGCACGAGGACCUUGAGUGUCUUGCAGCCGCUGCGCCUCAUCUCGUGGCCAUGCUGCUUGCCCCUGAGGGAGACCCGGAUGCUAUACACAUCACUACCCCGCGAUCUUACGCUGAGGCGAUCGCGGGCACUUACGUCGACGACGUUCCCCCUCCUGGGGCGAAUAUCGUCAGUGGCAUGUGGAUUUUCAGGGUGAAGCGGCCGCCGGGUUCUCCGCCUGUCUUCAAGGCUCGUUACGUUGCUCGAGGCUUCAGUCAGCGAGAGGGAGUCGACUUCUUCCAGACCUUCUCCCCCACCCCGAAGAUGACCACUCUUCGGGUGCUGCUGCACGUUGCCGCUCACCGUGACUACGAGCUUCACUCUCUUGACUUCAGCACAGCCUUCUUGCAGGGCAGUCUGCACGAGGAGAUCUGGCUACGCCGCCCUCCUGGCUUCACUGGGUCGUUUCCUCCUGGUACCCAGUGGAGCCUCUGGCGGCCGGUCUACGGUCUCCGCCAGGCGCCACGCGAGUGGCACGACACACUGAGGACUACACUUGCGGCUCUUGGGUUCGCGCCUUCUACUGCUGACCCGUCGCUGUUUCUGCGCACCGACACUUCGCUGCCGCCGUUCUACAUCCUCGUGUACGUCGACGACUUGGUCUUUGCCACUGCUGACACUGAGGCUCUCGCCCACGUGAAGUCCGAACUGCAGAAGAGACACACGUGCACAGACCUGGGUGAACUGCGCAGCUACCUUGGCUUGCAGAUCACCCGGGACAGAGCACGCCGCACCAUCACACUGACUCAGUCACACAUGGUGCAGCAGGUCCUUCAGCGCUUCGGCUUCACCUGGUCCUCAGCACAGGCCACUCCUCUGGCCAUAGGUCACUCGCUCUCAGCUCUGCCUUCGGAUGAGUCUGUAGAGCCGAGUGGUCCUUACCCAGAGUUAGUUGGCUGCCUCAUGUACCUGAUGACUUGCACUCGUCCUGACUUAGCGUACCCUCUUGGCCUUCUGGCCCGCUACGUGGCUCCUGGUAGGCAUCGAAAGGUGCACUGGGAUGCUGCGAAGAGGGUAUUGCGCUACUUGUGCAGUACAUCGGGCAUGGGGCUCGUGCUUGGAGGAGGGAGCCCAGUUGUUCUCACUGGGCACUCAGACGCUUCUUGGGUUGACGACCAGGCUACUCAGCGGUCGUCCCAGGGUUACACCUUCAGCCUUGGCUCUGGCUCAGUUUCUUGGCGUUCUACACGUUCGUCUUCAGUUCUCAGCUCCAGUUGUGAGGCUGAGAUCUACGCCACAGCCAUGGCUGCUCAGGAGUUACGCUGGCUCACCUACCUGCUGACCGACCUGGGAGAGCGGCCUCGUUCUCCUCCAGUGCUGUACGUUGACAACAAGGCUGCCAUUGCCUUGUGUGAGGAGCACAGACUGGAGCACAGAACGAAGCACAUCGCUCUGCGGUACUUUCUGGCUCGAGAGUUGCAGCAGCGUGGUCAGCUUCGUCUGCGUUACGUGGCCACUCAGGCCAACACUGCUGAUAUAUUCACCAAGGCACUCCCGCCUAGUGAUCAUCAGCGCUUCUGCACUUUGUUGGGGCUUGUGCCCACUUUUCCUCACUUGCUGUAG